AAAAUCCAUAGGAAUUGAAUCAAGAAUUAGCAAAAAGAAAAGAAAUGGAAGAACGUGAAAAAAGGAAGAUAAUUGCUGAGGAAAAACACAAGGAAUGGGUUCAGAAAAAGAAUAAACAGCAAAGGAAAGAAAGAGAACAAAAAAUUAGUAAAGAAAUUGAGGAAAAAGCAGCAAAGGAACAGGAGAAAGAAUAUCUGCAAGAAAAAGCAAAAGAAAAAUAUCAAGAGUGGUUAAAGAAAAAAAAUGCUGAAGAAUGUGAGAAGAAGAAGAAAGAAAAGGAAAAAGAAAAACAACGGCAAGCUGAAUUACAGGAGAAAAAGGAAAUAGCAGAAAAAAAGUUUAAGGAAUGGUUGGAAAAUGCAAGAAAUAAACCUCGUCCAGCUGCAAAGAGCUAUGGUUAUGCCAAUGGAAAACUUACAGGUUUUUACAGUGGAAAUUCCUAUCCAGAACCAGCCUUUUAUAAUCCAAUUCCAUGGAAACCAAUUCAUAUGCCCCCUCCCAAAGAAGCUAAGGAUCUACCAGGAACAAAGAAUAAAAGGCCUGUGACAAGUCAGCCACACAAGCCACCAUCUCUGGUAAUUCAUAAAGCCAGAAGCAACCUUUGCCUUGGAACUCUGUGCAGAAUACAAAGAUAGUAGAUGUGGUAAAUAGCAUGCUUUUAAUUUUUUUAGCUAUUUAAUUUUAAAAUCAGAAUUUUUUUACUACUCAAUUAGUAAGUCAGCAUUUCUUGUGAUUAAUGAUAAGUACCAGUUUUUGCAUUUGUGUGUGGAAUACUUAAGAGUUCAUGAGGAAAAUGUUUUCUGUAUUUUGAUUUUAAUAAACCUCCUUAAGUUGAUCUUGUUUUGCAGAAUAAGUGACUGGAUAUCUAAUAAUUGUGUUUGUGUUUAGUUUUUAUUAAAAUUAUACUAUAAUACCAA